AUGUUACAUCUCCGUAAAAUAGAAAUUCCUGAAGAAAAUUUAAAACUUGUAGAAGAAAAUACCAAUGUUUAUGUAAAUGAUGAAGAAAUAGGAAAAGGAACACUUUAUGUAACUACUAAAGAAUUAGUAUGGAUCAAUAAUAGCAUCCAGAAAGGUUUUUCCUUUGGAUACUUUCAAAUUCUUCUUCCUAAUAUCUCGCAAGACAAAGAAGAACAUGAGCAAUCCCUUAAUAUUAUGGUCGAUGUUGACAUUAAUCUUCUAGAGCGUGUUUUCACUGAAGUGAAAAUCACAGUUGACAAUGCUGAAAAUUUGAACAACUUGUUUCAAGUUGUAUGUGAAUGUCAUGCUUCAUUUAAUAAUAUGUAG